AUGUCGACAUGGAAUAAAUUUAUCCAAGUUAUAGAUGGUGAAUUAAAUUUAGUUAGAGCAUUUAAUGAACCAUGUAGAUCAGAUAAUCCAUCAUGUCCUGAACCACUUCAAUGUAUUAAUGGAUAUUGUUUAUGUUCGAAUAUUGGUAAAACAGUUGAUGCAAAAAAUCUUCUUUCUUUCUGGACUGGUGAAGAAUGCAUGAUAUGUCCACUUCAUUAUACUACUUCAGGUACUAAAUGUUAUAGUUUAAUAUUGGGUGAAACUAAUCAAUUGACAUGGGAUUCUGCACGUGAACGUUGUCAAAAAGAUGGUGGUGAUCUUUUUGUUAUUCGUAGAAGUCAAGAGUUUGAAUCAAUUGCUUUGUUUAUUCGAUCGAAUAUCAAAGAGAAUGAAAUGUUUCAAAAAACUCCACGUAAUGGUACAAAUUUUGCUAGUAUAUGGAUAGGAGCAAAAUUAGCUGAUUGGUCUGGUGAAGGAAAAUAUGAUUUAAUUUCUCAUGGACCAUCUAUAACAAAAAGAAAUCCAUAUUGGUGUAAACAAAACUCACCACUUGGACAAGAACCAAAUUAUGUAGCAUUAAAAGCAACUGGAGAACGUCAAACAUGUAUUGGUUUAGCACUUUUUAAAGGUACAUUAGUUUGUAUGCAUGAUUGGUUUUGUAGUUGGAAAACGUAUACUCUUUGUGAAAUUCAUCCACCACCACCACGAACAACAACUAUAAUUAUAGAUACAGGUGAGAUUGUGUCUGAUAGAUAA